GGGUUAAAGAUGGCGAUGGGAUAAGUGGAGCUCGUUUAUCGCAAAUUUGACAGUGGUAGGUUUUUGUAGAGUUUUCCCUCCAAACGGGCAGUUUGUGGAAGCAGAGGAGUCUUUUUGCUCUCCUGCAGCUGUUCCUCUUGUUUAUGACCGACCGUCUCCUCCUAUCAGCCUAAAACAUCUUUUUGAAACAGAACUGAGGAGAAGAGGAAAUCUGCCUUGUGUUUCAGCACUUUCAUUGCUGCUUCAGGCCUUCCACUUCACCCCAUCCAUCCGUCCUGUUCUUCCAGCUUUCUACAGACCUUUCAUCCUCCCCUGCCUCGUCUUUCUUCGUGGAGCUGAUUUUCCCAACCUGCCAGCCCUGGAGACCCUGCAGAUGCCUGGAGCCUGGCGCUGAAGCCGGCGCUCGCCAGCAGCCCAGAUGCAUUUGCAACUCUUUGCCAUUGUGAUGUCCUUGUUUUGUGAGGUGAUCAGGAUGGGGUCCGGCGUCACGCAGAAGCAGAGCGCUCACAAGGAGACAUCUGAGGACUGUCAGAGCUGUCUGGAGUGUUCCCGGGACAACGGCUGUGUACGCUGUCCAGAGCGACUCUUCCUGUUCCUCCAGAGGAAAGGGAUGUCUCAUCAUGGAACUUGUCUCCACUCCUGUCCUGCUGGACACUUUGGACAGAGAGGGAGGGACGUGAACCGCUGCAUGAAAUGCCGCUCAUUGGACUGUGAGCAAUGCUUCAGUCGGGACUUCUGCACCAAGUGUAAGCCUGGCUUCAAGCUGUACAGAGGCAAAUGUUUGAUCCACUGCCCAGAGGGAACCUUUGCUCACCAGACAGACUGCCUCGAGGACUGUUCUCCACCAGGCGAGUGGAGCGAGUGGAGCGUCUGCACGCGUGACGGUGCCACCUGUGGUUUCAGAUGGGGGAAGCAGACCAGGGUUCAGGAGAGCAGCCAGAGCGGGAGAGCAGCCGGGGUGUGUCCGCCCCAAAGGGAAACGCAAAGGUGCAGGAUGAAGAAAAAGUGUCCCGCAGAAAGAAGAAAGAUUGGAAAAGGAGGACUUGGAAGAAAGAAGGAGAGAAAACGAGUGCGACUCCUCGCCAGAACCCGCUCAGCUACGGCAGCAGCAGACACCAGCAGAGUGCUCCGAGGCGCCUGAAUCGGAUCCAGCUGAACCGCCGGAGCUCACGCCCGUCUGCUGACAGCAGAGAUCCGUCAGCCGCCCUGCAGCUCGUUUCCAUGCAGCUGAUUCAUCUGGAAAAUGGAGGAAAAGUAACACCUGUACAGAGUGGAAAUGUUUUAGUUUCUUCCCAUAACCUGUGGAGGAAAAAAUCCAGUGAGGGAUUUUAAUAAAAAAAGCAAAAAUUAAGUCAAGAAGGAUUUUCUUUAUGGUGUUCUGCUCAUCUGCACUGAUCCACAAUUAUAUUUAAUUAGGUUUUCUGUUUAAUUUGGUCCAUUUGCUUUAUCAGAGUGGUGAAGCAGAUCCAAAGUAUGAGCAUAAAAGCCCGGUUCGUCUGGGUCAGUAUGGCCCAGUUUAGUCCAACUCCGUUCCAACUCAAUGUAGAAUGGUUUAAAUCCACUUUGACCAGGACUGCAUCCACAAAUGGCCGCCUGAUAUCCUCUAUAUGGAGAUAUCAGUCAGAUAGAAGCAUACGAACCAUAGGAUCCAGGAAAGAUCAAAAGAUCAGAGCAGAAGCUCCACCAACCGGGUCACCAACAGGACCAUGAUACCAAACACUGCAGAA